GCGACGGCGCUGUAUGUCGGCCGGGACAGCCGUUAAGGCCGCCACUCCCGAGCGCGGUGUAGCGCGGGUGCGACCGUCCGAGAAAUGUCCAGUGUAAGGAUCAAAGUUAAGAGGAGCUACCGGCAGACCGGCGGCGCCAAGCAGGCUUCCGCUUCAUAGAAGUGGACCCAAACGAGGCCCAAGCCACGACUGGGUCCCCCGUAUUAUAUUUCAAAAAAAAAAAAUAAAUAAAUAUAUUAUCAUAAAUUAAUCUAUUUGUUUAUUAUUAAUUUUAUUGAAAAUAAAUUUUUUAAUUUAGUCUAAAAAAAGAACGCAAAUACAUCAAGUUUUAUCUAAUUUGUUUUUAUUUUUUUUUCUUUUUUUUUUAUUUUUCCGGAAAAUUUAAGUGACAUUUAAUAUUGUGAAUUUUAUAAAUGAAAAAAAUUAAAAAAAUGUUUAACAAUAAUAGACAUGGUUGGACAAAUAAAAAAAUUAUUAUAAAUUUUCAUAAAUAAUAUUUGUUUUAAAGAGCUGUGGUGACAAUUAAAAUAAUUUUUUUUUUUUCUCAAGUGACAUACUAUUUAUAAGUGUUUUAAUUUUGUUGUGUUUAUUUUAAUUUUUUUUUUUAUUUUUAUAAUUUAAUUUAUUAUUAAUUUAAUCUUGAAUCGUGUUUUAAAAAAAAAAAAAAAAAAAAACAACAUGGAAAAAUGAUAAUAAGUGUUGAGAUAUUUAGAAAAAUAAUCUAAAUAAUUUUUAAGUGUUUGUUGAAAAAAAUAAAAAGUGGCGUGUGGCGUGAAUUAAUUAAAAAAAAAAAAACUAAAAAUUUAACAUCAACACAGUUUAAUUGAUGCUGAUGAGAAUGAAGUCUCACGCAGCCUCGUGGAGUUUUGCACUCCUUGCAGCAACCAUUGCCCUUUUGCCCGCCACACAUCGUUCGCCCUUCGUGCAUGCCGCUGCUGGUGGUGGUAGCAUGCUGGGCGAUGUCAACAUCUCGGCUAUUUUAGAUUCAUUUUCAGUUAGUUAUGAUAAAAGAGUAAGACCGAACUACGGAGGUCCUCCUGUCGAGGUGGGCGUCACCAUGUACGUCUUGAGUAUCAGCUCGCUAUCAGAAGUCAAAAUGGAUUUUACUCUGGAUUUCUACUUUCGACAAUUCUGGACAGACCCAAGACUGGCAUUUAAAAAAAGGGAUCGUGUUGAAACACUGAGUGUUGGUUCUGAAUUCAUAAAAAACAUCUGGGUGCCAGAUACAUUUUUUGUAAAUGAAAAACAAUCAUAUUUUCACAUUGCAACGACGAGCAAUGAGUUUAUUCGAAUACAUCAUUCUGGCAGUAUAACACGAAGUAUACGGUUAACAAUCACAGCUUCGUGCCCAAUGAAUCUACAGUAUUUUCCAAUGGAUCGACAAUUGUGCCACAUUGAGAUCGAGAGUUUCGGCUACACAAUGAGGGACAUUCGAUACAAAUGGAAUGAGGGGCCAAACAGUGUUGGUGUCAGCAAUGAGGUAUCCCUGCCACAAUUCAAGGUGCUUGGUCAUCGACAACGUGCCAUGGAGAUUAGUUUGACUACUGGUAAUUAUUCACGGCUAGCGUGUGAGAUCCAGUUCGUCAGAUCGAUGGGAUACUACCUGAUCCAGAUCUACAUACCCUCGGGAUUAAUUGUGAUAAUCUCAUGGGUGAGCUUUUGGCUAAACCGAAACGCAACCCCCGCUCGGGUCGCCCUCGGAGUAACCACUGUGCUCACCAUGACAACCCUCAUGUCCUCGACAAACGCGGCCCUCCCCAAAAUCUCCUACGUCAAGUCAAUCGACGUCUAUCUGGGAACAUGUUUCGUCAUGGUCUUCGCCUCACUCCUUGAGUAUGCAACGGUUGGAUACAUGGCCAAAAGGAUACAGAUGAGGAAAAACAGAUUCCAAAAAAUUGCUGAAAGUAUGAAAGCUGCUAGAGAAAUUCCAGGACCAACUGGAAUACCGGGUGAUCAUGGGGACCAUGUGGGUCAUGGGGUUCAUGGGGUUCAUGGGGGGCAUGUUGGACAUGUUGGACAUGGACAUGGGGGACAUGGUACACUUGGGGGCCAUGGAACACUUGGGGGCCACGGGGGACAUGGGGGACAUGCACCAAAGCAAACUUGGUCCCGUGUUGUCCAGGAGGUGCGCUUCAAGGUCCACGACCCAAAGGCACACAGCAAAGGCGGUACACUUGAAAAUACAAUUAACGGAAGAGCUGAUGAGGAAGCACCACCAGCACCACAACAUCUCAUACAUCCAGGAAAAGACAUAAGCAAACUCUACGGUACACCAUGUGUAACGCCGUCGGAUAUUGACAAGUAUUCACGCAUCGUAUUUCCUGUGUGUUUUGUUUGUUUCAAUCUGAUGUACUGGAUCAUAUAUCUACACAUCAGUGACGUGGUUGCUGAUGAUUUAGUGUUACUCGAAGAAGCUAAAUAAAUUAUACGCGAAAAAAAAAAAAAAAAAAACAAACAAAUUUACAUAGAAACUAUAAAAUAAUUAAAUAAAUUCUUCAAUUGUUCAAUUGGGAUGAAAAAAAACCUGAUGAAAAACACAAAAAGAUGAAUCUUUUUGUUCUUUUUUUUUAUAUAAAUUGAAAAGCUCCAGAGAAAAAUAUAAUUGAAGGAUGAAAACAUGCUGAAACUAAAACCGUGCUGUGACAAACUUCGACUUUCAGGCACUGUGCGACACACACUCGUCGCGUCGUCCAAUUUUAUCGACAACUAUCGAUAAUAUUAAAAUAUUAUUAUAAAUAAAUAAAUAAGCUAAAUAAACAUCAUUAAAUAAUUUAAAAAAAAAAAAACUCGCAUCGAGUUUUAACCAAGCGAGCCUACACAUCGUCAAACAUUCCACAUUUUUAAGUUAAAUUAAUAUAAAAUAAUAAUAAUAAUAACACAGAAAAAAAAAUAAAUAAAUAGCUAAUUUAAUAAAUAAAUAAAUAAACGAUUCAUUAAUAAACAAUUAAGUAUAAAUAAUUCUGAUAAAUUGACCAUGACCGGUUGUUAUUAAAUAAAAUCCCGGCAUUGAAUGGUCCAUAUUACGCUCAAUGACUCUUCCUCGAUCGAGGGAACGCAAAACAUAAUCGCUGAAAAUUUUUAAAUUUCAAUCAAUCAAUAAUAUGUUGUUAUUAUUUAAAAAAUAUUAAUUUUAUUCCAACCCUGCCAAUGAUUUAUUGACAAACACCCACACACACACCGGAAGCAGGCAUUUCGGUUGGAUGUUAUUUUUAGUGAAAAUAUAUAUUAUUUAAAAUUAACUUCAAUGACAAUUGACAAGUCAAAUAUAUAUAAAUAUAUAAAUAAUAUACUUUGUUAUAAAUACACAAUUUUAAAUUAUUUAUAGAUUGAAAAUUUAAAUUUCCGGCGAUUGUGAAAAGCGCAACGAAGACUGAAGGAUGUCGAGCCGCGAGAUUAAAAAAAUGCACCGAUGAAAAAAAAAUAAAUAAAUAUGUUUAAUUUAUAAUUAAAAUGGCUAUGAAAAAAUAUGUAUAUAAUAGAUAUAAAUAUAAAUAAAUAAAUGAGCGAGGCGAGUGUGAAUACUCGUUUAAUAUAGAAAAAAAAAAAAAAUAAGAAAAAAUUUUUAAAACUAGUCUGCAGUGCCGAGAAAGCCUCGAGAAAUAAAAAAAUUAUAUUAUUAAAUUAAUUAAAAAAAUAAAUAAAUAUAUUAUGUACACAUUAAAAAAAAAAAAAUUAAAAAAACAUUGCCAUAUUAUUAUUAUUAUAAUCACAGUAAAAAAUUAUUGAGCAGAAUAAUAAAAUGAAUUGAUAAAAUUAAAAAAUAUUGAAAAAUAAUUUAAAAAUGAAAAAACCAACCCUUGGUAUAAACACGUCAAUUUAGCCACAAUGUUAGUUGUUUUUUUUAAUUUUUGAGAUAAAUAAAAAUAUAAUAAUAAUAAUAAUAAAAACUAAUAGACAUUUAAUAAUUUUGGGGCUCAAAAAUUUCAUGGUAAAAUGUAUUUAUAAAUAUUAAAUAAAAAUUAAUCAUCAUGCUAAUUUAAUAAAAUGAAAAAUUAAUUUAAAAAAAAACUGUAGAUUGUUAUUAAUCAAUGGACACUUGAAAAAUGAAAAAAAAGGUUUUUUAAAUGUGUGGAACUGAUAAACAAUAUUGUGGUGGUGAUGAAGGAUAAAUUUUUAAAAAAUUAUUUUAAAUUUUUUUUUUUUUUUUUUGAUAGAAUAUAAUUAAUGAUGUAUAAUUUUAAAAAAGAGAGCGAUUAAGGAGAUGUUUGUUAUACCAUAAUUAAUUGAAUCAUGUGUGUCACAUGAAUUUUGAAAUAAAAAAAAAAUGUAUACAUCGUUUUGAAUGCUCGAGACUGAUGAACGUUAGCAAAAAAAAAAAUCUAUAUAUAUAUUAAUUUUGAAAAUGAGAGUAUAAUAAUUUAUCAUAUUAUAAUAUCAGUUGAAAUUUUUCAAAAUUCAGUUAAGUAGACUGAAAAAUUGAUACAUGUGUGUGUGUGGGUAUAAAAAAUGUGCAGAUAUAUUUAUUUUGAGUGCAUGAACAUGAAUAAAGACCUCGAGUAUUUUACAGGUAUAUGUAUGAGAAUCGAAGAGCGUGGAAAAUUUGAAUUUAUAACCAUCUAAUUAUCGUUUUUCUAGCAUUACACUUACGUAAAGCUGAAAAAUAUGAAAAUUUUUAUCAAAUAAAAUGAAAAAAAUGAGCGAAAAUUCAUGUCAAGUUGUAAUUUACAAACUCAGUAUAAAAAAUUCAGUCACUGGAAUUAUACUUGAUUUUUAAAUUACAUUAUUUUUAUUUUUUAACAUUAAAAUAAUUUUGAUUUUUUAUCUGCAUGAUUGCCAGAGUAAUUACAAGUACUUUUAUAUUUUUUUUAGUUGUUUUAAAAAUAUUUUUUUAUUUUGUUUUGUUCAUUUACCCUGAGGAUUUUAUUCUCUUGACAUCAACGCGUACAAGCUUAAUUCUAUUUUUCUCGAUAUUUUUUUAUUCCUCGUCUGUUACAAUUUUUAUUUUAUUUUUUAGUUGAAUUUGUUUUUUUAUUUUAGAGCAUACAUAUAGAGUGGGAGAAAAUACCGGGAUGUGGAAACUUGGCAUUCAGGAUAUCGACCAGACACGCCCAACCAUCUAUGUUUUAUCCUUUACCUUUUCAACCCCCCUCCCCCCUAUAUAUAUUCACUAGCUAUUUUAUUUUCACCCUGUGUUACAACUCGCGGCACUAUUCUCGAAUACUCUGACAGUCUCAGUGUAUUGAUAAAAAAAAAAAAAAAAAAAAAUACGCGACAACCAAAGAAGAAAAGACAAGCAAAUUAAAUUAACAAAACCAAGAUUUUUUUUAUUUUUUCACCUCUCAAGAAUAGUCUUGAUGUAUCAUUUAUAAAAUUGCAUCUUGGAUUUUCAUCAAAUCAUUCUCUUUUUAAUCUAUAAAAUUAAUUUAAUUUUUUUAAUAAAUUAUUGAUAACCCGAUAAUUACAAUGACUGAAUGACACCGAGUCUUGAUUAAAAAAAUUCAAUUUUUCACAAUCUUCAUAUACACUGCACACUAUUAAAAUUGAAUAAAAAAAAUUUUAAAAAUAAAAGGAUUUGCACUAGACACGUAUAUCAACGAAUAUCCAAUCUCUUGACUUCCAUCUGGACGUCAUAAAAAUGUCCGAAAUAUUAAGUAAACACUUUUCUACUGUCCACACAAUAGAUAAAAAAAAAUGUAUACAAUUGCUUUUGAUCAAGUGUAAUUCAAUUAAAUUGCAAAAUGUAAAAAUCAUGUUAAAUCAUUGUUGCGAAAUGGAGAAAAAAAUUAAAAUGUUUUCAUCAUUAACUACAGAAUAUUGUUAUGAAAUAAAUUGUUACGAAAAGACAAAAGCCACAAAGAUAAAAAAAAAAAAAAUACUAAUAAAUUAAUUAAUUAAAGUGAAAAAAAAAAACCAUUUAGAUGAAAUUUAAAUAAAAAAAAAAAAAAGAUAUAAAUUUAAAAAUAAUAUAUAUUUCGUUGAACUGCACUCUUUGUUCAUUAUUGUAAUUAAUUAAAAUCAAUUAAAUUAUUAUUAUAAAUAGUUUGGUUUAAAUGAAUGAGAUGAAAAAUAAAAAAUAAAAUCGUUAAUUAAUAAUUAAAAUUGGUUCCUCUUCUCCGGGGUGCAAUGAAAAAUUGUACAAUCUAUAAAAGUUAUCUACUUUGGAGUCUCUAAUAUAUAGUCAAGUGAUAAAAAUAAAAAAUAAUAAUAAUUGACGACGGGAAAAAAUAUAUAAAAAAAAUUGAAAAAAAAAAAAAUAAACCUAGUGUUUUAUCGUUGUGAUAUAUUCUAUAGAAUAUGCCUAUGUUUUGCAUUAUAAUUAUAUAAUGAUAAAUUAUCAAUUGACGCGGCGAUCAACGGGCUCAAUUAUUUCAUUAACCACAUUUUAAAAAAAUAAUAAUAAUUCAUUUCACGAGUCGUUAUAAUUAUCUCUCAAAAUAAUCACAUAUUAAAUAUUUGAUUAAAUGAUAAUUAAAAAAAAAAAAAAUGAUAUUUAAAUUCAAUAAAUUUUAUAUAAUUAAUCAUCUUUUUAUUGGAUGAAUAAUUAAUUUAUGAUUGGAACGACUGAGCCUCAAAUAUUGAAAGUAUAAUUAGCAAAAAAGAUUAUCUAUUUAAAAAUUAAAAAAAAAAAAAAAACAAAUAAAUAAUUUAUAGAAAAAAAAUUGGCAUAACAACAAAAAACAUAUUUAAAAAUGUGGCUCGUGUAUAUAACUUUGUGAAUAUAUAUAUUGAUAAAAUAACCGAUCGAUCGUCGCGUCUAAAUUGUUCGAGUGAGUAUCUGUCCUCUGGUAGGAUUUACGUUAUAUACUGCGGGCACUUAUUGCGUAUUUAAAAUUAGGUCAAAUGAAUUAAAAAUUACAGCAAAUAUCGUUUAGCAAAAGUAUGAAUACACAUAAUUAAAUACAUUACUGGAUUAAUUAAUUAAUAUACAAAUCAAUCCAGCUGCUCGAUAAAUCAUCAUUCUUUAAAAAUAAUGAUCACACCUUGUAAAUACAAGUUUUAUACAGAGUAUUAUAAUAUGCAUUUAAAAGUACUGUGAAGCUAAUAUUAAUAUACAUAUAAAAAUAAAUAUGCAAAAUUAAAAUUAUGUAGUGCACAUGACACGUAAUUGUUCGCACAUAUUUAGAUAAUACUUAUUACUCACUCCAAAGUCAAAAAGAGUAAUUGAAAUUUUAAAAAUAUAUAUAGAAUCAACUAAGUAUAUUAAAUUAACAAAAAAAAAAAAAUGUCAUUAGAUGGUUGAUACUGGAAAAAGUCUCAUUUAAAUUGAAUUUAAAAAAUAAAAUUAAUUUUGUUUCGUUAAUUUUUGUAUAAUUUAAACAAGACAUUUUCCAAGUAUUGGCUAAUUAAAUGGCCAAAAUAUUAAAUAGCCAGUAAUGUGAUUGAAGUAAAAAAAAAAAAUUUAAUUCGGUAACGCUAAUGGCACCGAAUACGGGGGAAUUUACGGGGACAUUUAUACAGGUUACGGAAAAAUUUACGGUAAACCCGUAAAUGUCCCCGUAUUUCCCGUAAAUUUCCCCGUAUCGGUGCAAAUAACGAUUUCGAGUUUAAUUUACUCAAUCAUCUUGCUUGUUAACAGCGUUUAGGAUAAAUUUUUUUUGGCCCUAUUAUAAUUGAUAACGCGAUAAACACUAAAUUUAAAAAAAAAAAUUUUUAUCCAAAACUUUACGCAUAUUAUUACCAAUACUAGUUCAAAUCACGUUAACGAAAACUGCCAACUUCAUAUUAUAACACGUUUUAGUCAAUCAGAAAAGACACGCAGCAAGGAGACUCGAGAAUAUGACAAAAAUAUAUAAUUAAAUUUAAAAUAAUAAAAUUAAUAAUAGUUAAAUAAUAUAUCUCAAUGAAAAAUUAUUAAUUUUGAAUUAUUAUUUAUAUUUUAAUUGAAAUUUUAUUUAACGUUAUUAUUCAAAAAUUUAUCUACCUGUUGAUUUUUUAAUUAAUUCAAUUAAUAAUAGAUAUAGAUUUUUCGUUUUUUAAUUUUUUAUAUAAAGCACUGUUGUAUAAAUUUUUGGCAGUUGAAAAUAUAUAGGUAUUUAAUCUUCCAUAAUGGUGAGUUGCACCAUCGAAGAAGAAAAAUUAAUCAUAGACGAUAAAUAAUUUUUAAAAAUAAAAAAAAAAACAUUAAUACUUCAUAUCUAAAAAAAAAAAGGAAAAAAAUAUUUCAAAAGCGCUGAGCAUUACUCAUUAAGAAUCGCAAUAUAUAAAUUUAAAAAAAAAAUAUAUAUCGAUGUAAAAAUAAGUGCCGCGCAUAAUGCACACUCGUAAUUAAUUGAUUUUGAUUUUUUUUUUUACAAAAUAAAAUACCUGCUUUCACCAUGGCACGUGUAAAAAAUAACGUAAAUUAUGAUCAAUUAAAUAAUGACGAGAAGAAAAAUAAUAACGUCACACUGAAAAAAAAGUUAUAUAAAAUAAUCGAAUGAAAUAAUUUCAAUUCGAAAUUAUAUAUAAUAAAUGGUGAACUUCCUUUCGUUAUUUUGCGACUCGUAUAUUAUUCUCCUCGGUAAAAAAAAAAAAAAAAAUUGUCAAAAUAUUUACACGCACCUUUUUUUGAAUAAACUCAUGGUAAUUAUAUAAAAUGAUUAAAGCAUAAUUAAGUAAACGAAAGAAGGGAAGAAAAAUUUAAAAAAAAAAAAAAACAAUUACCGUUAUGACGAGGUGGAUGAUGUGAUGAGUCGUUUUGAGAGUACCAAAUUCUAAAACAAAAAAUAAAUAUAAAAUUAAUAUAAUAUAUUUAAUAUUAACAGCAUAUUGUAGCAUGUAUAAUUAUUAAUAUUAUAAUUAAAAAAAAAAAAAACUUUAUAAUGAAAAAAUAAAUAUUAAUUUACAAAAAAAUUAAAAAAAAAAUUAAAAAAAACACCCCCUAGGUUGGGCGCUAUCUUGAAACAAUUAUUAGGUACCACUUGUAAAGUAAAUUAAAUUUAUCGGCAAAACGAGAAAGCAUUCAUUUUUACAAAGACUCGUGCUUAUAUACCGAAAGAAUAAUAAUUUUAAGAAAUAAAUAAAUAAAAAUUAAUAUAUAUAAAGAAGAAAAAUAAAUUAAAAAUUAAAAAACAAAAAAAAAGAUGACAAACGUAUAUAUAGUUUUUAGUAGAGAUAUAAAAUUAAAAAAAAAAAAAAAAUUAAUAUCCCUGUAUGGAUGAAAAAUAAAAAAUAAUAAUAAUGUAAAAAUGUUGUGUGUAAACUAUAAGUAUGAAUUUUGAGUCCGUAAUUAAAUAAGUUCCUCAUCCUCGCAAGGGAAAGAAAGAUUUAAAAAUAAAAUAUAAUUAAAAAAACUGAUCGAGAUUUUGUAGUAUUUCUACAAGAAUCUAACCGGAUCUGCACGACCUUUUGUUUUUCUUUUUUGUAUUAUUAUUUAUUAAUUUAUUUUGCAAUAAAAUAUAUAAUAAAAAUGAAAAAAAAAA